AUGCCCACCACGCGGAGGCAGCAGGCCUUGAUGGAUGCAGCUGAUGCCCAGGAAGAAAGUCCUGCUCCUGAAAGCUCAGCCAAAUCAACCACUACGCGCAAGCGAAAGGCAGGUGAAAAAGCGUCUGCUCCGACAUCCGAGCCCGAUUUGGUCGCCAAUACACCCGCGGGCAAGAACAAGCCCAGGGCCAAGAGGGCCAAACAGGCUGUUCAAGAAAAAGCCGAGUCGAAAGCCACAGUGACCAGCGAAGGCGAUGGAGCUGAUGGGCCCGCCAAAGGCGACUUGGCUGUCAUGCUGUCCAAGGCCACUGAGCCUGCACCCAUGACCACGGCAGAUGUCGUCAAAGCUGGAAAAGCCAAAAAGUCCACGGCCACAACAACGCCCAGGAAAUAUUUCCCGGCCCCGCCUUCGAAGCGUCCUCGCGACUGGCUUGAGGAGCCACCAAAGGCUUUCUUGGAGCGUGCGACGCGUGCGAAGAAAGAAAAGAUGUUCGUGGUCAACCACAAGCUUGACCAGGUGGGCAAUGUACCAGUGGUCUCCUUUGAUAUUGUGGGAACCACCGGAAAUCUUUACAAAACCUCCAUUGGGAAAGUCCCGAGGUGCGACUGCCCAGAUUCGAGAUUUCGGAAGGGAUCAAGUCAAUGCAAGCAUAUUAUCUACGUCCUUGUGAAUGUCCUGAAAGCUCCAGAGGAACUACAAUUCCAGAUGUCUUUCCUGCCUUCGGAACUGUCUGGAAUCCUCGCUGCCUCGCCGCUGCAUCAGAUCGAGCUUGCCUCCCCAGAGGAUGUUGACAAUGUCCGGAAGCCAGUUGAAGGCGCCUGUCCAAUUUGCUUCAUGGACUUCGACCCCAGCGAGGAAGUAACAUGGUGCAAGACUGGCUGCGGUAAUAAUGUUCACAAGCUCUGCUUUGACAAGUGGAUAUCCACCAACAAAGCCUCUGGCGCGGCUGUCCGCUGCGUUUAUUGCCGUACCCCCUGGCAGUUCAGCGAUUCGAGACAGAACAUUCAGAACCUUCGGGAGAGCGGCCAGCGAAACAAGCUCGGCUACGUCAACGUCGCGGAACAAUUUGGGAUUUCUCCCACACGUGUUAAGAAACCGCCCAGUCCCAGUGCAUAG